AUGCUCCUCGCCGUCGCAGCCGGCAUGGGCCAGCUGAAGUGGCAGCAUUUCCAGAAAGGACCGCCGCGGCCGGUACAGGGGUUGGACGUCUUUGAUGAGGCAAGCAGAGGUCAUGUCUACCUUCUCGAAGUCAGAUCGGAUUCCGUCUGCUUGGGACGCGAUAUCACGGAGUGUGAUCUCCGCUGGUGCGCAAAGACUUUCCGCUACGUGAAGGUGGCAAGUAUUACCUCGAGCCCUUACUCCAUCAGUGGAUUGACACACAAAAAGGUGAACGGAACCAUGGCCGAUUACUCAGUAAACGAAACAGACCUCUGGAAAGAAGAAAGCCUGUCAACCACCGGGUACACCAGCUCGAUCCCAGACCAAUACUUCGUGAUGCACGCGUCGGACGGCAACGCCGCGUCCAUCCCCCCGGAGCAAGACUUCACCGUCGGGCUCAUCGACGGCUACCCGAUCAAGUUGUUCCUCAGGGACUUCUUCGUUUUCACCCUCACCGAGUACAUGACCACGCGCGAACCAUCCGCCUUCAACACCGGCCUCAGCCUCCUCACCCACGCCGGCAGCACCUCCGCCACCGUCGCCGCCGUCGCUCACGCCUUGACUCUACAGACCUUGGUUGGCCCGAACUCGACUAGCCACGCCGGCACCGCCUUCGCGCCCGAGAUAUACGUCGAGGUGCGGUGGCCGUGGAUCGUCUUCCCCGCGCUGCUCUUGGGUGCCGGCGCGGCGUUUCUGGCGGCGAGCGUGGCUGUCGGGCGUCGCAAACAAGGCCGGGGCUGGAAAGCGGGGCUGAUGCCGUUGCUGUUCCAUGGGGUGAGCGGUUGGGACGGAGACGCCGUGGUGGGGCGCAUUGAAGGCCGUCAGGAGAUGGAUAGUGUAGCGAGGGAGGUGCAGGCACGGCUGAUGAGAGACGACGCUGGUAAUUUGAGGUUUGUGAAGGCGAAAGCAGAAUGA